CUGGGCUCGGACCCUCGUUCUACAAACGGGGAGGGCACAGCACUUCCGGGCACGCCCCCUUCCCCGAUUGCCCCGCUGCUAUUGGUCCUCUCCGAGGGUUCCCGUGAACCAAUGGGCGUCGACCGAACGCUCAGCGCCAGCGCGUGUAGCGGCCAGCGCGAGCAUCCCGGCAGUGCAGCCCCGGGGAGAGGAGGAUAUUCGCCGGGGGAGAAUAUGAACAAAGAGGGACCCCCAUGUCGACCAACCGCCGCCGCCUCGCUGAAGUUCACCAUCGACAACAUCCUCAACCUGAAAACGCGGAGCCGCGACGGCUGUCAGACCCAUGAACCGGCCCCGGCGACGUGGAGGGAAAGUUUGCCCGGGGAGGAGAAGAGAUCCGGGCGGGGACCGGAACCGGACGGCAGACCGGGCGAAAGAGAGCUGCUCUCAAACCGGGGCCGAGAAUCGGAGUCCGUGGCCGGCUGCGGGGCCCAGAGGAAGGCCGGGGAGGAGCCCUCCGAGAGCGGGGACAGUAGCGGCGACGAGAGCCGAUCCUCCGCUACCGCCGCCGGGUCGGAGCCCCACGGAGGAGGCUGCGGAAGCCCGGUCAAAAAGAGCAAAGCCGUGGCGAAGAAAAAGACCCGCACCAUUUUCUCCAAGAGACAGAUCUUCCAGCUGGAGUCCACCUUCGACAUGAAGCGGUACCUGAGCAGCGCGGAGCGGGCCUGCCUGGCCGGCUCCCUGCAGCUGACGGAGACCCAGGUCAAGAUCUGGUUCCAGAACCGGAGGAAUAAGCUCAAGAGGCAGAUCUCCACCGAGCUGGACGGGCCCGCGGCGGACUUCCCGGAGGCCGUGAAGCCCGUGGCGGCGGUGGUGGGCCCGCUCCCGGGCCUGUACAAGGAGGGGAACCUGCUGGGGAGGUGCCUGCUCCCCAUGCCGCUGCCCGUGGUUUACCCGGGCAGCAGCACGCCUUACCUCUGCUUCCCCAACGCCGCCAAGUACUUCAGCCUGUACGACGGGGACGGAUGA